AGAAAAAAGUUCCCAUUCUGGAAUAGAUGGCAGGGUACAUAAAAUUGUUCGCCACUGUGUUCCUUAUGCUGAUGCUUGUCUUUGCCACUGAGAUGGGACCAAAGAUGGUAGAGGGAAGGACAUGCGAGUCACCGAGCCAACGCUUCAAAGGACUAUGCUUUAGGAAGGGAAACUGUGCCACAAUUUGCAAGUCAGAGGGCUUCCGCAGCGGCCACUGCCGGGGCUUCCGCCGCCGAUGUUUCUGCACCAGACACUGUUAAAAAGCUGCCCAUU